UUAAAGCCAAACUCUGACUCUGAAAGACUCCCCUUAACACAAUCCAGUAUAUCAUCUUCAUCUUCUUUCCAUUGUCUGUCAUUUCUUCUUCACCCUCUCUUUCGAGGGUUUUUUCUUUUUUUUCUUUUCUUUUUUUCUUUUCUUUUUUCUUUCUUUUCCCUUUUCUUCUUCUUCUUCUUUUCUUUUCUCUUCUUUUUCAAUUUUGACUCUCCUUUGCUUCUCCUUUGCUUCUCCUACCUCUGUAACCCUAACCCUAGAAACUGAAUAUGCUACCACAAAAGCUUAGACAGAAUCCAAUUAUGCAACACUCUCUCUACCAUCACCCAGCUCUUAUCACUCCUCCUCAGAUAGAGCCUAUCUUGAGUGGAAAUCUGCCUCCUGGCUUUGAUUCAAGUACAUGCCGCAGUGUCUAUGUAGGCAACAUUCAUCCUCAAGUUACAGAAGCACUUCUUCAAGAGCUUUUUUCAAAUGCUGGCGCGCUUGAAGGUUGCAAGCUUAUUCGGAAAGAGAAGUCAUCAUAUGGAUUUGUCGACUACUUUGAUCGCAGUUCAGCUGCUAUUGCUAUUGUUACUCUCAACGGAAGGAAUAUUUUUGGACAGGCUAUCAAAGUUAACUGGGCUUAUGCUCGUGGCCAGAGAGAAGACACUUCAGGACACUUUCAUAUUUUUGUUGGUGACCUUAGUCCCGAGGUUACAGAUGCAACUCUGUAUGCUUGCUUCUCUGUGUAUUCUAGUUGCUCAGAUGCAAGGGUAAUGUGGGAUCAGAAGACAGGCAGAUCCAGGGGAUUUGGAUUUGUUUCUUUUCGAAAUCAGCAGGAAGCGCAAAGUGCCAUAAAUGAGUUAACUGGUAAAUGGCUUGGCAGUAGACAGAUUCGUUGUAAUUGGGCCACGAAAGGAGCCAAUACCAAUGAUGAAAAGCAGAGUUCAGAUUGCAAAGUUGUUGUGGAGUUAGCUAGUGGAGUUUCUGGGGAGAUCACAGAAGAACGGCAAGAAAUUACCAGUUAUGACGGUCCAGAGAAGAAUCCCCAAUACACCACUGUUUAUGUUGGCAAUCUUGCUCCAGAGGUUACUUCUGUCGAUCUCCAUCAUCAUUUUCACGCCCUCGGUGUUGGAACUAUUGAAGAUGUUAGGGUGCAACGGGAUAAAGGUUUUGGGUUUGUGAGAUACAGUACCCAUGGUGAAGCAGCUCUUGCUAUACAGAUGGGUAACACUCGGUUUCUGUUCGGUAAACCUAUCAAGUGUUCAUGGGGUAGCAAGCCAACUCCUCCGGGAACAGCCUCUACUCCUCUUCCUCCACCAGCUUCUCCGCAUGUACCAGUGCCAGGUUUUUCACUUGCCGGUCUUGCAGCGUAUGAACGCCAGAUGGCUUUGAGCAAAAUGAACGGUGCACACGCCCUUCUGCAACAGCAGCAGAAUCAGCAUGCCCUUAAGCAGGCAGCCAUGGGAAUGGGUGCUCUUGGAGCUGGGUAUGGUACAGGAUUCCCUAAUGUCGCCGCCGCCCAGAACCUUAUGUACUAUCAGUAAAAUGUUCAAACCCCUAAGAGAAACAAAGGAGCUGUUUAUUAUCAAGUCUAUUGAGCCGCUAGAAUGGUUUUACAAUACUGUAUGUUAAUUUGGUUUGCUCUUUUUUCCUUUCA